AUGCGGAUCACGUGACAUGUAGUAACGCGGAAAUAAACAAAGGGUGCUGUCGGCUGGAAUGAAGGUUUGACUUAAAAUGUGUGCUUUAUAAUUUAGGAGAAGGUAAUCAAAGAUGUAAUCAAAUUCAGUGCAGUUAAAACGUCCUCUCUCGUGUUCCAGUACAUUUAAUUUCAGACCGAAAUGUCGAAAGACAGUUAAAACAACUCCACAGUUAAAACAACUCCACGUGCUCACCAUGUGGUCAAUCCAAAGCACAGCCAUGCAGAUAUUAUGACACUUCGAGAUAUCCUUUAAAUCAUGAAUUAAUGAGUGCAAACAGCAGACCAAUGUAGUUAUAAUUUAUAUGCCUGAGUUUAAAUAAUAGUUGAUGCCAUGGACGGGAACGAGACAGAACCGAGCACCCAGUCUGAUGAACAAUAUGCUGGAAGCAGUGAAUGGGUGGACAUGAAAAAUACCAGUGAUGAAGAGAAAGCUGAGAAUCAGACUGUUAACAUAAACUUCUGUGGAUCCACGCCUUUGCUGUGGAGGGCUGCUGAUAUUAAAAUGUGUAGGGAAGAGGUCGGUGUGAUUGGGACUCUUGUGGGGUCUCUGGCCAGACAGCCAAGGCAGAAUGUCAGACUGGGAAGACCACUGGAAAUCCUGCAGGAAGAGGCUCGGCUGCUGGUGGAGAGUGGAAAGGCAACUGCUUUGCGGCAUAAAGAGCUGGAUGAAAAUAAAGGAAGUCGUUCGAAGGCAGUUGAGUUGUACAAGGCCAGACUGGAGCAGAGUUAUGAGGAGCAGUGUGCUCUCGCCCUGGAGGACAAGAAAGCUGUACUGCAAAGAGUAAUGGAUGAGAAACAGAACGAUCUCAAGUAUGAUGAGGGAGCAGAGCAGGCAGUAAGAGAACGACUUGAAUCUCUGGAGAAGAGCUUCUCAUUCCCCCGUUCUGCCAUGGCUGUCCAGCUCUGCACUGCUCGUGCCGGCUUCAGUCAGUGUCCAGAAGAACAUGCUUUCUUGGCUGCUGAUUGGCCGAUGCCUAGAGACGAGCGCUCAGAGACGAGGUUCCGGGUUUAUAAGGAUCUUAGGAGGAAAGGAUUCUACCUAACUGCAGCAGGGAAGUUUGGAGGAGAUUAUCUGGUGUAUCCAGGUGAUCCACUCCGCUUUCACGCCCACUUCAUCGCCCUGUGUUUGACUAUGGAUGAAAAGUUACCGAUCUGUGAUCUUCUUGCUAUAGCAAGACUUGGAUCCAAUGUAAAGAAAACAGUGCUUCUUUGCUCCCCGCAGAAUUCCAGUGACAGAGGAGAGGAAACCGAAGAGGAGGUUGUGUAUUCAUCUCUGCAGUGGAGUGGAAUUGUAUAGCAUACAGAGAGCCGUUAGACAUAGAGGAGUGCUGUAUUUGUCUUUCAGGACUUUCUAAGCUGCUGGUCUAGGCUUGUUUGAAGGCAUGUAUAUUUACUUUGAAAUAAACUCUGUUCAUUUUUCCAUGGCUUGUCAUUUCAGUUUGUUUCAGUGUCUAUAAUAAAGUAAUAUCUGGGGUUUAACCAGUAAACCACAUAAUGAUAAAAAGAAAUGUGGUAUAUUGUUCUGGUGAAUGUCAUAGGGUUUCAGAAUGACUGUAUGA